UUGAAAUACAGUGCUGAAAUAGAUGAGCUUUUUAUACAUGUGUACCCAUUUUAUUCUGUCGCAGUGAGUGAUGGAACUCUCGUGGGCUGGGUUAACGUACCUCUAUUCGAUCCAAACGGGCAACUUCAGCAGGGUGUCGUUCUAGCCGGCCUCUGGCCCUCGGGAGGCACUGAGCGACCCACAGAUGCAAUGCGAUCCACCUUCGCUGAACCCAACCGCCGAUCGGACGCCAUUGUUGUAGAGUUAAGAUUCCUCGUGUUUGAGUACAAUUUUUACUUCACCACCCCACCACCGGUAGAGAUAUACUGUGAGAUGCUCUCUAGUGAAGAUCGCAGGCGGUUACUAGAAGAAGCCUCUGAGCUCCUUUAUUCUCCACUUCCUUCUGAACAACAUCAAACCCGUAGACCAUCAGACACUGCUCAAGAUCUCAAAUUUACAGCCUUUAUUCCUGACCGAAGAUCUUAUCAAUCCCUCAUCGAUCAACUUUGGAGUAUUCGCGGACGACUGACAGGGGAACCGGAACUCCUGAUGGCCCUCCUCAUUGCGGCACCGGUCUGUUGGCCAAGAAAGUGUCGACCGGAGUCUAUGGAAUUCGCUGAGGGGGUUCAUGACAAGAUUAUGUGGAUGAAUCUUCUAUCACAUCUCUAUAGCCUCAUUCCACGAUCCCCGCCUCUGGCUCCAGCUUCCGCGCUUAGAUUGCUUCUUCCUGAUGUCCCUGAUCAAGUUCUUCGACAUUGGGCUGUUACUUGCAUUGCUCAAAUGUCCGCUGAUGCCAUGAUAUCUUAUCUACCGUCUUUAAUAGAGGCUAUUAACUAUGAUAUCCAUAUGGAUUGGUCUGGACUUGUGAGCCUACUUCUUCAUCGGGCCACUGUCUCUCUGCGAUUUUGCAAUGCCCUCUACUGGAAUAUUGAGAGUGUAUUAGUGAAUCCCAAGUGGUAUUCACAACAACGCCUACUGCUCAUCAAAAGUGCUCUCAUUUGGCUCCGUGGUAGUCGGCUGAAUGCCACCUGGAAACUCCAAUCGGAUGUGCUGAAGGCAAUUCAAAAAACAGCAAUGGCUGUAAAGGCUGCAAAAGAUGACAACGAAAAAGUGGUUCUCAAGGAUGGUCUAAAUUCGAUUCAAGAGUCCCUCGACUAUCGAUUCAAGUCGCCUUUUAGCACAACACAAUGUCCUGAUGGUUUUCGUCUGCCCCUGGAUUUUGGCUUCUGUUCUAGAAAAAUCGAAAUUGAGUCUUGUAAUUAUAUUCCCUCCUUCAAUCGACCCAUUGAGAUUAUCUUCCGAGGACUUGAUGGUGAACGUCGAAAUUGUAUAUAUAAAGUCGGAGAUGAUCUUCAAUUGGACCUACUUAUGUGUCAACUAAUCAAGAUUUGCGAUCGUAUUUGGCUAAACAAUGCUAUUGAUCUCUGUAUUCCUCACUUCUGCGUUAUGCCGUAUGAUCCAAAAUGCGGUUUAAUAGAACCAGUCACUAAAGCUCUAACUCUGCGGGAGGUCAAUCUAGACGUUGGCAAAACUCAUGGUCUUCUUGCGUGGUUGGAAAAAUUAAACGAUGCUACUAAUUUUAAAAGAGCUAUUCAAAAUUUCCUCCUCUCAACCGUUGCUGGCUCCGUACUGACGUAUGUUCUUGGGAUUGGGGAUCGGCACAACGAUAACAUAAUGUUGCGGACGAAUGGUCAAAGCUUUCAUAUUGAUUUCUCCAAGGUUUUUGGAAACUUCCAAAAGUUUCUCGGUAUUAAUAGGGAUCGAUCGCCCUUCAUACUAACACCUGAUAUGGUGGAAGUUAUUAAAGCUGGCGAAUCGACACGGGCUGGCAAAUCAUCUGGCAAGGACAAGUUAGCGGAAAUCCCCUCUUUCGUGUAUCAUUGCUGUGAAGCUUACAACUGUCUUCGCAAACACUCCCUCUUAAUCAUCGGUCUUCUGGAGAUGGUACAUGCACUGAAUAGAGGCGCCUUUGAGAAUAGAGGUGGUCAAUCUCAUGUCUCAAUGGGCGUUUAUCGAUUGGAGAGGCGUCAGAUACACCACGUCUACGGAAUGCUGAGGCAGAAUAUCUCAGAAGAAGAAGCUGGGACGUAUUUCAAGGAGCUGAUUCGGGAUAGCAUGGAGUCGCGAACGUCACGAAGGGUAAAUGAAAUACACGAAUUCAUGCAGAAAACCAAGAAGCAACCUGGAAGAAGGGGCAUGACGCAAAAUGAGGAUGUUUACACGGCUCAAAGCAUCUAUACCUACCUACCCUCCACCAAACAAUCCACUCAAAUGCGAGGGCAAAUGUAA